AUGCUCUGGACUGGCAGGAUGAGGCUGGGGACCUUCAGGAUCUUGCUAAUCCUUGUCCACACAGUAGCAGCCUGUGACUUUGGGCCCUUCCCUUACCGUGUCACGGGGAUCGUCUGCAGGAUGACCAAACCUGCGGCAUUGCUGUUGAACCAGGAAACGGCACAGGUCAUUCAAACAGCAUUCAGAAAUGCCAAAUUCCCAAAUAUCACCGGGGAAAGAUCCAUGCGGCUCCUUGGCAAGGUGGCUUAUGAGCUGACUCACAUCCAGGUGAAUGGCUUGUCCAUAGAGCAGAGCGAAGUGGAUCUCAAGGAGAACGAUGCCAUUCACAUUGCCAUCAAAAACGUGACAGCCUUCUUCAAAGGGACUCUGACCUACGGCUACGCUGGGGCCUGGUUUUUGAAGCUUUUUCAUUCAGUUGAUUUUGAAAUCGAGUCUUCCAUUGACCUCCAGAUAAACAUUAAACUGAUGUGCCAGAAGGACCAAGUGGCUGCUGAUGCCUCAGACUGCUACCUGACUUUCCACAAACUUAAGCUUCACCUCCAAGGAGACAAAGAACCGGGCUGGCUGAAGCAGCUCUUCACAGAUUUUAUCUCCUUCACUUUGAAGCUUGUUCUCAAGAGUGAGGUGUGCAAUGAAAUCAAUUUUCUUGCCCAGGUGCUGGCAAAUUAUGUACAUGAUUUAGCAGCAAAUUUUGUCCAGGAUAAGGAUAUCUCUGUUGAUAUCUCCCUUGCAUCAGCUCCUUUAAUAAAAGCAAAUUACAUAGAAUCACAUCACAAGGGCCUUGUCCUGUACAAGAACUACUCCGAUGUCUUCAGUGACUCUGUUUUCUCCCCGUCGCUGCUGACUGAGUCUCGAAUGCUCUACUUCUGGCUGUCCGAACACAACCUCAACUCUUUGGCUUUGGCAGCGUUCUUAGAUAAGCGCCUGGUGUUGACCUUCAGAGGGGAGAAGUUGCAGGCGCUGUUUGAAAUAGAAGACACAGAAGCGCAGCGGAAGAUGGUGCAGAUGAUUUUUCAAGGCACCUCCUACAAUGACUCUGUGGCCAAGGUGUGGAGUCUCGCCCACCCCCAAAUCUCUCUUCAGCCUGAAGGGACAGUUGUGAAGUCCUUGGUAGCAGCGGAGGUCAGCGUCUUUCCUGCAGGAGAAGAGUCUCUGAUGGUUCUGUACAUGGAGAAGGAAAUCACAGUCACUAUCCAAGCUGCCUAUGAGGAAAAGAAGCUCAUUUUGCAUGCUUCGGAUUCCAGCAUAGACUUUAAAGUCUUUAAAUGCACAGCUGAUCCAAGUGGGAAUGACCCAUCCAUAAGAAACUUCCUGCAGACAAUAAUCUCGGUUGCUGGGAUCCCAGAAGUGAUUUCAAGGAUCCAGCUAGCUUUGACUUCACUGAUGAACAGCAAAGGGCUUCAUCUGUUUGAGAUCAGAAAUCCUGAGAUCAUCACAAGAAAGGGAUAUGUAAUUGUACAACUUGACUUUAGCUUCCCGAAUCAUUUGCUGCUUGAUUUUCUUGAGAAAAGAUUAUAGAAUUGAUCUCUUCAUAAAGGAGUAUAGGAACUUGUGUACAAACAGAAAGAUUGUUUGUGAACCAAUUAAAAAAACAGCUGAUUUAAAUCAACUUCAGUUGAAUUUUCUUUCCUUUGCCUGAGAAACACUCCAGUUUCUGUGCAAUU